GAUCAAAACCCGCCAAAUUCGUCCUUUUGCCAAAGUAAAGAAAUUUAAACUAGAGCGAAUUUGUUUUAGUUAGAAUUGUUUUAGCGUUCAUUUCCAGUACUUUGUGAGCUUACGGACAAAUAGUGCAGCAUUUGAUGGUCGGACUUGGAUGACGUUACAAAGUUCCCACUUCCUGGAUAUGGAUACAGAUACGGAACAGAUAUCAUCGACGAUGGAAAUGGAAAGACACAAUGAGCAGGAAUCACUGUUACCUCUAGAUGUCCAAGAAGAAAUAGAUGGUCUGUAUCACCAUGUACCUGAAGUCCACCAGCACUUCAAGAUUCUCAACAAAAUUGGAGAAGGCACAUUCAGCUCAGUAUUCUUGGCACGGCUGCGACAUCAUCCAGAGGUCCAAGAUUUGUUUGCUCUGAAACACAUUAUUCCAACUUCACACCCUUACCGCAUCUUGGGAGAGCUGAAAUGUCUUCAAGUCAUUGGGGGCACAGAAAACGUAAUGGGCAUGGAGCUGUGUCUGCGGCACAAGGACCACAUAGUCAUUAUAAUGAAGUAUUUUCCACACCACAGAUUUCAGGACUAUAUAGUAAAUUUUGAAGUCGGUGAUGUUCAAGACUACAUGCGAAACCUGCUGGUAGCUCUAUGCCGUGUUCAUCAGUUUGACAUCAUCCACCGAGACGUUAAACCCAGCAAUUUCCUGUUUAACACCAUCAGUAAACAGUACUCUUUAGUAGACUUUGGCCUGGCCCAUGAAGCACCUGUCAAGCUGUUUAAGGUGAAUAUAAACAGACCUCCUAUUGUGAUGGAUCUGCCUAUGCACAAAACACACCUUGGGGAGAAACGAAAGGACUUCACAAUGGCUAAAUUAAAAAUAAGUGCACUUAGUGUUCCUGAGAGCAGCAGUAUGGAGCAGCAUACUGAAAAUGCAAGAGCAGCAAAAGAGGAGGGUUUAAAUAAAAGGUCUCCAACCACAUUUCCAGCGAAAGUUCUUGAAAAGAGCCAAGAGAGGCGUGUAGUCUUGUCUCCGAGCAAAGCUUCUGUUAUUUCCCCGAACAAGAAGUAUUGUCUUUCUUGCUUUUUGCACUACAACUGCUCUCUUUCAUCGACAGGUCAGAAUAUCACCCGAAGAAAGCCAAAUGAAGAUGCACAACUCCUUCCUCCACCACCGCCUCCAUGGAGGCUACCUCCAAGAAAAAGGGGGGUAAAUCCAGAGCUGCCUCCAGCAUCUAGCAAGCUAAGCCUUACCUCGUCAUUGUCACCAAAGCAAAAAAUGUCAACUGCAUCUCAUGGGUUUUCGAAGUAUGGACAGUGCGUUACACUUCCUGACCAGGCCAAGAGGCUACAUGAAGAGGCAGGACCAAAAAAAAAAGUCAUCGGUAGUAUCAACCAUCUCCCUCUUCCAAAAUCUAGAAAGCACCGACCAGGAACUCUGUCUUUGUGCCAGUGCUUUGGCCGCCCAGUAAUCUGCAGCAUCUGUCUGGCCAGGGCCCAUCAGUCGGCACCAAGGGCAGGUACUCCAGGCUUUCGUGCUCCUGAGGUGCUGAUGAAACAUCCUCAUCAAACCACAGCUGUGGACAUUUGGUCAGCUGGUGUUAUAUUCCUGUCUUUGCUGUCUGGGCGGUACCCAUUUUUCAGAGCUUGCGAUGACCUAGUUUGUCUUUGUCAGAUUAUAAGUCUUCUUGGCACAGAAGAGAUACAUCAUGCUGCAAGAGAGUUUGGAAAAGUUGUGACAUGCCGACCAGUGACAAGAGCGCUCGAUCUAAAGCGCCUUUGUACCCACCUUCGGAGCUGCCCAGACCAUGGAACGGAGAACCCAGACGAGGUUCCCCAGCAAUGGCCGGAAAUUCCAGACGCUGCAAUCGAUCUGCUGAAGCGUCUGCUUGAUCCCAACCCUCGCACUCGCAUCACGGCAAAGGAUGCCUUGCAGCAUAGCUUUUUCUCGUGCAGUUUUAAUUAGUCUGUGGUGGGGUAUCUUGUUGGAAUGUGAAUGAUGGGGAGGGAGAAGGUAAAAAUAUGAGAUAUGGAUGAGUGAGUUUGUGAUCGCGCGUGUGUGUGCUCAUCUAGAGGGACUGAGGCUAAGCUUAAAAGUUUAGGGUGAGGUUGGGUUCAGGCAUGUGGCUGGAAGGUGGAUAUGAGUUUUAGCCACAACAGCAGGGAAGCUUAAUACAUUUCCUUCGAUUUUGUGGGAAAACUGGAAAAUAACGUUUAUCAGGAAGAUUUUGUGUGGGGAUCGAGUGAAUGGAAGACCUCCAGUAAAAAUAUAAAUAGUCACGCGUAGUGAAUUACGCAGGUGUAUAGCUCCAGUUGUUUGGUUUUUUUUUUUUUUUUGUAAUGUGUGCGUGGGUUGUCCAUUGGAUGCUUGUGCCUAUAUUUCCUGGGUAUCUAGGAGGCACAAGAACUUCGUGUGAUUUAUAAAUAUAUUCUGGUCAGCAUUUUAAAAAUAUUAUGCCGUUCAUAAUUACAGUUUUUUUUAACUGUUUAUAAAUUUCCCUUCUUCAAAUAGCAAUUUUGAUAAAAUUGAAUGAAGCAGGUGACCAGGAUCUUGUGGCCAUUUGCAGCAAGAAUUUAAUCUAGUUAAAAAAAAUUAUCUUUUUCGAUGUCGGCACAUUAGAAAGGUGGUGCCCAGAUGGAGGCUAAUAUAAAUUUUAAAGCUUCCACCGAGAUGUGCUGAAAUUCGCUGAGCCAUGUGUGUCUAGCAUUAUUUAUCCAUGUACUCUCGGCAAUUUCAUUACUUGUUUUCAUUAAAUUUUGUAAUCCAAAUAAAUCGGUUUAUUUCAACUGCUCA